AUGGGUUUAUUAUUUUCAAGAAUUUGGCAAAGACUUAUCUCACACAGAGAGAUGCGCAUUCUUAUGGUGGGCCUUGACGCAGCAGGCAAAACAACCAUUCUUUACAAGCUAAAACUAGGCGAAGUUGUAACAACCAUUCCGACUAUUGGAUUUAACGUAGAAAGAGUUGAAUAUCGCAAUAUUUCUUUUACAGUCUGGGAUGUUGGUGGGCAAGACAAAAUAAGACCAUUGUGGAGAUAUUAUUAUGAAAAUAUCCAAGGGAUCAUUUUUGUGGUCGAUUCUAAUGACACUAAAAGAAUUGAGGAUGCAAAAGAAGAGCUUUAUAGGCUUGUUAAUGAAGAUCAGCUUAGAGAUACUUGUGUUUUAGUGCUGGCAAAUAAGCAAGAUUUGCCUCAUUCGAUGACUGCAGCGGAGUUAACUGAUAAAUUGGGGCUACAUGCGAUAAGAGGGAAGAAAUGGUAUAUUCAGAGCACAUGUGCUGUUAGUGGGGAUGGGCUAUAUGAAGGACUAGAUUGGCUUUCUAGAGCAUUGACUGGGAAAGCAUAA